AGCUGUGGAACAUUAAAUUUAAUGGGACUAUAAAGCAUUCUUAUUUUUAAUAUAAUUGAUUGUUUUAAUCAGAAUUUUUUGUUAAGGUAGUUAAACCUAAUAAGUACAGAAAAUUUUUGUGCGUUCGAAUCUGUAAUCUGGAUCGAUCUCGGCUUGGACCAGUGCGAAUAAGUUACCUGGUAGUUUUGCAGAAUUUUGCUGCAUAAUUGUGUCGCAAUGAAUACGACGGAGAGUGCUGCCGAAGAACGCCAUGAUCCAAACACUCCCGCUGCAUCCUGCACAACGGAGCAUGCCGUGCAGCUGUUUACUCCCUUUUUGCGGCAUAAAAGCUACGUCGAAAUACCUCCUGAUACCAUGUUAGGAGGAUGUCGCUGUGUAUCCGAAUUCAUCAAACUGAACCGCAUUGGCGAAGGAACGUACGGCGUGGUCUACCGUGCACGCGACUCCAAAUCAGACGAAAUUGUGGCUUUAAAGAAAAUGCGCAUGGAGAGUGACAAAUGCGGUAUCCCUAUCAGUGGUCUGCGCGAAAUAAUGUGCCUCUUCAAAUUGCACCACGAUAAUAUAGUGCAUUUAAAAGAAAUUGCUGUCGGUCGACGGAAUCUGCGCGACAUCUUCCUAGUCAUGGAAUACUGCGAGCAAGAUCUGGCGACGCUUCUGGAUAACUUUGGCGAACUUCCGACACCCUCUUCCGGUCCGCCGCCGUUAUUUUCCGAAGCCCAGAUCAAGUGUAUAACGAUGCAGACGCUGCGCGGACUGCACUACAUGCAUUCACGCUACAUUAUUCAUCGUGAUCUCAAAGUGUCCAAUCUGCUCUUAACGGAUAAAGGCUGCCUGAAAAUCGCCGAUUUCGGCUUGGCCAGAGUGUUAGCCGAUAUUCCUGCUGGAGAAGAUGAACAGUGGGCCUUGGAAAUGAGCCAUGUAACGCCGGGAGUUGUUACUUUAUGGUACAGAGCACCGGAAGUCUUGCUGGAAAGCCCCCAUCAGACCACAGCGCUGGACAUGUGGUCACUGGGAUGUGUUCUUGGUGAACUGCUGCUCCACAAGCCGCUGCUGCCGGGCAAGGGCGAAAUUCACCAGCUGACCCUCAUCAUCGAUCUCCUCGGAUCACCAACGGAAGCCAUUUGGCCCGGCCUCAGUAAACUGCCCCGUUUGAAGGAUUUCCAGAUUGGAAGGGAGCAACCGUAUAAUAAUCUCAAGCACACCUUUCGCUGGCUGACCGAUAGCGGAUUGACCUUGUUGAAUUCCUUGUUUACAUAUGAUCCGCAGAGGCGGUGCACGGCGGAAGACGCGCUGAUUAGUGCUUAUUUUAAAGAGCAUCCUUUACCUUGUGAUCCGAUUCUGUUGCCGACCUUUCCACAGUUCCGUAACAUCAGUGAUAAGCGAAAAUCGCAAAAGAAUCACGGACAAUCUCCGUCUAAAAGAAAAAUUAAAGUCCCGGACUAACGGAAUCGUAAAUUGGUACUUUUCACACCAGUGCAGUAUUCGGGUGAUACUUAAUGAUAGUGUGCAAGCACACGAGUGCACACUGUGGGUGUUGGCAUUUCGCUGCCUUUUGAAUAAAUUUUGGAAAUGCUAUUCAUGGAUUGCCUUUUACCAGAAAUGUUUAGCUGCUUCUGUCGUACUCAAGCAACCAUUCCGAUCGCAAGAUCACAAAGCACGAACGAAAAUGUCUGCUUCAUGAACUCC